UGGUAGUGUCACUAGUGUUUUCUGUUUACGACAAGAGGAGAAGCCAAACAACACUAAAGAUGUGGAGAGUCACAGCGUUUUUGGUGGGGAUUUUCCUCAUGAAAGCCGUUGCUGGAGAGCAGUGUCGGGCGCUAGGGGGCCUCACUACCUUCUCCUGCCCACGAACGUUGCUUGACGACCAUGACGAGAUCUACUGCUGUGACGGGGACUGUUGUGACAACUGCUGGGAGUCUGAAGACACCUCAGCUUGUACCGGCCGCUGGGGCGACCACAUCGGCAAGGCGAUUCAACUCGGCAUCGGUGCCAUCAUCGGCAUCGUGGUCGCUGCUAUAGUCGGUUUGAUCAUCAUCAUCGUAAUCUGUGUGUGCUGCUGCUACCACCUGGGCAAACAGCAGACGAACCCGAGAGGACGAGGUCAACAGAUGGUCCCUGUAGCUCAACCAGCCGGGCAGUACCCCCCUCCAGGUGGACAGUACCCCCCUCCAGGUGGACAGUACCCCCCUCCAGCCGGGCAGUACCCCCCUCCAGCAUACCCUACUGCGGGCCCGUACCCUCCACUGUCUGAUCCAGCCUACCCACAAGACGGGGGAUACGCCCCGACCAAGAUAUAACCCUCUUUUGUUGAU